AUGUUGACAGAUCCCAUCAUGAUGAAUAUGUCCAAAAUCCUCUGCAACGACAAAAUGGACACCCCAAUGAACACUCCAUCAGACCUUAAGAAUAUGUCUUGUACUGCUUCUUCCACAUACUCCCACUAUGGACCAGACCCAGGAAACCAUCCAGAUCAAGAAGAAUUGAGCGCUGUCGUGGGAAAACUGCGAAAUGACCCUAUGGGCUAUUUCCUAUUAGCCACUGAUGGUGUUGUACGUACCCACACCAUCGACGAUGAAGUGGUCGAUGCUUUUGGCCCCCACCCCGAUUGA